AUGUGCUGGAUACAGAGUCAGAAAAACGAAUCCGGAGAUCUAUUUUUUAUGGUAAUUGUCUCCGUUUAUGAUAGCGAUUGGAUGACAAUCCCUGGAAGCGAUGAAAGAAAACUCAAGUCCUCCUUAUCAUUAGCAGCCGACUGUCUGGUCUACGAUUUGGAAGAUGGUGUAGCUCAUAACCGCAAGAACAUUGCUCGUGAGAUGGUUUUCGAUGCGUUGGAAGCAUCCGAGCACCGAAAGGCUGAGAAGGCAGUUCGCAUCAAUGCGGUCGGUUCAGGCCUGGAGUUUGAUGAUCUAAACGUUGUGCUUCGAUCCAGCAGGUUGCAAGCAAUUGUGAUUCCUAAGGUUCAAUCAGCCAAGGAUGUUCAAUUUGUAAGCCAAAUGGUUGAUAGUGUCGCUCCAUUUAUCACGCGUAAAAAUGUCCGGAUUAUUGCCUCAAUUGAGAGCGCUCUUGGUAUUAUGAAUCUCAAAGAGAUUGCAACAUCAGAUCCUCGUGUAGAUGCAUUAGUGUUCGCCGCUGAAGACUAUUGUGCGGACAUGGGUCUGACAAGAACACGCGAGGGUACAGAAAUGCUUUACGGUCGCUCAGCACUCGUCACAGCAGCACAUGCCUAUGGUCUUCAAGCUAUUGAUCUGGUCUGCAUGGAUUAUAAAAACGAUGAAGUCCUGCGGGAAGAGUGCGAAUUUGGACGCAGGAUGGGGUUCUUGGGCAAGCAGGCUGUCCAUCCCCGUCAACUUGACAUCAUCCAACGCUGUUUCUUGCCCACAGAUCAUGAGAUUGCUAGAGCCGCUGAUAUCAGCGAAGGGUACCAAGAGUAUUCAAAACGUGGUGUCGGAGCAUUCAACUACAAUGGCAAAGUUAUCGACCUGCCAGUAGUCAAGUGGGCUGAAAAGAUUUUGAGCCGUGCCCGCCAGGGCGGUGUAUCUAUUCCUACCCCUGAAGAACGCCAAAAGAUAUUGCAAAUAGGCUCAACUUCGGUAGCUGUUGCCGCGAACACUACUUCAGGUUCGAAGAAUGAUGGCGCUGUGCCUGCAGCUUAAAGUAAAAAGCUACAUGUAAUUUUUGAAAAAGCCCAAGCCUAUUAGCCUCCGUAAACGUGGCUUUAUAGCUGUAUGAAGUAAACCGAGAAGAGAGAUAGUCUUUCGCAUACAUAAUUUCAUACGGUGUAGUUGAACGACAAUCUAUUUGUCUAACAAUAGUCUUUUUUCUUUAUAUAUCUUGAGGUUAAUGUACGUUGUUUGACGAAAUGAAUUGUAGAGCUGCAAUGAUCACUAGAUAUGCGGUCCGUAGCUUCACUCUCGGUCGUUCCUUAUUUACUUCGCGG